AUGAGCGCGCAUUUGGGCGCUCGUCCCACUCAGCGGUCGAGCUAUAGCGGCCCACCGCGUCGAAUCUCGGUAGAUGCGAUGAACAACCUCUCAAUUCGCAGUCUGGAGGAUUUGAAUCAGCUCUCGCAGGCCACGCGCGAGUUUGGAGAAGUGUAUUCAGGCUAUCAUGACGGCUCUCGACGAAGUCCUCGAUUUUUGAAACAACUUUUUGACCCUAUAGAAAAUAAAUCUGAAGAGGAUUGUGUGUUUCGCGUUCGUAUAUCUGGAAUUCAAUGCCGCAACCUCCAAGGACGACGAUUUAGUGGUAAAAGCGAUCCCUAUGUCGAGUUUCACUGGGAUAACCCCAAAGAGACUGCUCCUUACGUUACGCCAGUGAUCAAGGCGGAUUUAAACCCAAAUUAUAAAGGUGUUUUGAUUGCCUUUGAAUACAAAGCGCCACUGGUUGAGCUUCCAAAGCGAAGUUUGCUGGUCAAAGUAUAUUCUACCCGAAAAUUUAACGCAAAAUAUCUGAUUGGAGAGGCUAAAGUGGAUUUGUGGAGUAUUGCAACCGGACCUGUGCACCAUGAUCAUCAUUUAGUUGGAUGUGAUAAUGGACGCGUGGUGUUUAAUUGCUACAUGGAGCAAUGCAAUGAGUGGAAUAUUAUUGUCAGUGAUGUGGGUGUAAUGAUGCCGGCUAUUGCGAAUGAACUGGAUCGGCCUGAAGGACACGAUUUUCAAGAAGAUGCAUCGCUUCCACUGAAAAAGUUUGGCGUCAGCUACAAGUGCACGAUUGGGACGGACGAGAAGUUUUACAUGGGCAACAAGCUGAAGCAUGCUAUUAAACGAGACAUUGGAGAUAUUCAUGAAGUGAGCUUUCAGUCGCUUGCAAGGCUUGCAGUACUAUCGUCGCGUGUAUCCAGACCAAACAGCCAGCCGAAAAGUGAAUCAAAAACUGAGGAUGAAGGUGACGAUGCUCUUGUGGCACAGGAUCCCAUGGCUGUCGAGUGGACAACCUCCACGGACUACCUCCCUCCUAUUUCGCGGUACAGCACUUUUGAUGAACUCAUGUCGGCGACACUGACGUUGGAGGUGCGUCAAGUCCUAGUUGGUCGCGGCCAAAUGUCAACAGAUCCAGACGGUGGAUUUUUGAGCUUGCUAGAAAAGUAUGAAAAUGAAACACUGGCGACUCCCAAUAUCCGUGUGCAGUUUGAUGAGGAAAUCAAGAAUACAAAUCUGUUUGGUCAAACAUGGCUGUCGCUGGAGAAAAUAUUUGAGGAUGCUCUCCAAGAGCGAAUGAAAAAGAAAAUUGACGCUGAUCCGACUUUUGGCUUAAAUGGCCUUGGAUUCGCUGACCAGUUUGUCACAAGUAAAUUUGAGCAAAGUUUAACAUUGAAAGGGCACCAAGUUGGGGUGAUUUUUGGUACGAUUUUGUUUAAGCGAAUUCCUGACGUCCGACAGCUGCGAUGUGGUGUCAAUAGUGAGCAUGGUAUAUCUUCGUCGAGCUCUGUGAUCGUAGGAGUUGUUCCUGCAGGCUCAAAAAAAAAUCCUCGCAACUCAAAAGUAGUGAUACCAGUUGAAGCUCAGCGCCUGUUGGAAAAAAUGCAGGAUCUGCUGGAACUCAUGGCCAAUAGACAGAAAGAUGACAAGGAAGGUAAAGUGCGGAAAGCGACCAAGAUUCUAAAGAUGUUACAGGUUUCGCAUAAGGCCUCGAUGUUGUCGUGGGUGUAUGUGUCAGCCGAAGCACUAGAGGAAACGAAAAACAUUUUGCUGAGACUGUGGCAGUUUUUGCUAGAAAACAUUCGCGUGCGACACUAUACGCUACGCAAUGUCUUUUAUGAACUACUUUUUUACCUAGUUAAGCGAGCGGAGCUCAGUGAUUUGCCACUGUUGGGUUUUGACUCGGCAGUUGCGACGACUAUGUUUGGUGUAAAACAUACGCACAAAAUCUCGAAAAAGGAUUUAGAAUUUGGCCUUAAAUUGCGCGCGAUGCUUGUCGAAAGCAAGUUCUGCGUUCUCCAAACGGUCUCUGUUCGUGGUGUCAUGAACAAUAAUUUGAUGUUCUUUGUAGCGAGAAUGUUGUCAGUGCUUUGUUUUCGUUUACCGAGUUUUGGUGUGGAGCUUUAUCAGUUGUGGUCCGAAUCAUACAAUGAACCAGUGCCUGAGCUCGCUGCUGAGUUUAAGAUGAAUGCUGACGCCGACUUGUUUGCGAUGGACGGAUUAGAAGCCCAUUUAGACUGGCGGCGGUUUCAUAAAGCCAUUUUCGAUGAAUAUGGUGAGAAAGCUUUGCGUAACCAAGAGGAAGAAGCCGAGGAUAAGUAUGAAGUCACUUCUGAGGCAUGGAAGUCGCGUUUUCGUCGGAUAAACGGUGAAGCGAACACUCUUAACAUUUUGCUUGUGGAUCAGUGGCUUUGGUAUGUGCUUGAUACUUUAGCUGUUUUAAACCAGAAGAUCGGUUGGAUCCAUCUGCCUGGCUACACUCAAGUGUUGAUGGUUUUCUUUUUAGAGUUGAGAACGCAAAAGUCUGGCUGGCUUCCUCCAGCGCUGUACAAAUUAUCAUGCACAAUGCUUUCUAAUCCAAGCUUGAUCAACCCCAUGACCAAGUUCCUUUUGAGUAGUACCAGUGUACACGAUGUCACUGCGGUAAUUGGUGCCGUCGAACUUCUUGGUGUUUGGAUGUACAUGAUUCGAAGCUGGCGCGUUCGUCUAAGCUCGUAUCGAUUGUCGCAUCUGGAGAACAACGAUCGCUGGAACUUCCAUCAAGAUGAUCAGUACUCGAUUCCAGCAGGUGAUGAAGUGUCGUUGCUGCCUCCUUCAUUUGACUUUCGCUUUUUGUGUGCGGCGCUGCGCAUUCUGCUGGAUUCAGAGCACACACAAGUUGUAUUGACUACUUUAGAAUUUCUGUACAAUUGUUGGGAUUGUUUUCCAGAGCGACAUGCGGAUAAAUUGCGAUUUGAAUUGCUGCGAUCUUUCAUUCGCCUAUUCCUACACUGGCAUAGUGAAGUUCGUAGCUUUUUUCAGACGCUGAUAGCGCUUCGUGCCAUGAAGCCGCACGGAUGGACUCAAAAGGGAGCUUCUUUUGUGAAUACACCACCACAUAGCCGCCGCCAGAUUGAUGCGGUGGCGGCUGAUUUUAACAUGUCUCUUGGAACUGAGGAGCCUGUUGAAAGUGGACGACGCUCUCGAUCGCACAGCUCGAGCAACUUGAUGGACUCGGUACAUAAACGAUUGAGUUCAUCAUCACCGCGCUUAUCCCCUCGGACUUCUCCGUCGCCGUCGCCUCGAAAUUCGGGCUCGGUGCUGUCCUUAACUAUAUCGUCACCCAGUAGCCGGCCCAUUGGCAGUGGCCAAAACACGCCGACUUCGGAUUAUAAAAGUGCAGAUAGUUUGCCUUCUAAAUUACGGAGUAUAUCGGAUGAAUACGUAAAGCAUGCACCGCUGCAGCCUAAGAUGGACACUCAUAUCCAAAUGAAGUUUAAUCGGCUCCUCGAGUCAAUCUACGUUGCAGCGAAGAAAUACAUUGACUAUCAGGGCCUAAACGGCAAUAUUCUUCGAAAGCAGACAGCCGAGGCGACUUGGAAGAAAAAGGGCAUGCUGUUAAAGCAAGGAUUUAUCUACAAAACCACUUGGAAACACAAAUUUUUCUCGCUGCAGAAUAAUAAGCUUGGAUACGCUGACACUGAGUAUGGCCCCAUCAAGCGUGAAAUCAACAUUAUUGGCAGCGUAGUCACCGAAUUGUCGAAUCAAUUAGAUCACUCUCAGGGAGGACGCGUUGUGCUGUUUAAUUGCUUUUCUGUCGAUAGCGGCUAUCAGAAACUAGUUUUGUGCGCUCCGACGUUUGAGGAGCAGCGCGAGUGGAUAGAAGUGCUGACCCAGAAUGCAACGGCCGAGACCGCCACGCGUAAGGACAAUGAAACGUUAUCACAAGUGGAUCUUGCCGAAGUGUCGGAUCAGCUACAGUCACUUGCUGGCAAGCAUUCGACAGCUGAAGAAGUACCAGAGAACCUUUUGCCGUAUUCUGUGCUGGCCGUGAAAGAAUGGCUCAACCUUCGUGUGACUGCAAUGGAGAUUGAAAGCAAAAUUGCUGCUGGCCAGCCAUUCCACAUGCCAGUGCUGUUGUCUAAGUCGUCACUCUAUGCUGAUGAUGACUAA